AGUUUUUUUAAUGUGUGCUUAUUUUUCUUGUACAGCACUUUUAGCUUCGAUCACAUCUUGAAAAUGGAAGAAUUGAUGAAUUGUUUGAAUAUGGUCCUACUGGGAAAACAAGGAGAUGGGAAAAGUGCAACAGGAAACACAAUACUAGGACGAAAAGCUUUCAAGUCAAAGAAAACAUCUGAAUCCGUCACAGAAGAUGUGGUGGAAGAAUCUGGAACCGUCUCCGGUCUACAGGUCACCAUUCAUGACACACCAGGAUUCUCUGACAUGAAGCUAAAGGAGAAUGCGAUUCAGCAGAAAUACCAGAACGUUUUUCAGAAAUGUGAAUCAGGUCCCUGUGCGUUUCUCCUGGUCAUCAAAGCUGACAGGUUCACUGAAGAAGACAGAAAAACUGUGGAGAAGAUUGAGAAGCUCUUGGGACGAGAGCAUCUCCAGAAAACCUGGAUUCUCUUCACCAGAGGAGAUGAACUGGAGGAUGGAAAUUUGACAAUAAAAGAGUUAAUCACUGAAAACAAACAUUUGAAGAAACUCCUUCAGAAAUAUGACCAGAGAUACCAUGUGUUCAACAACAAGAAAAAAGGACACAGUGGACAAGUUACACUGCUCCUUGCAAAAAUUCUCAAGACGUUUCUUAAGAAAACAGAAAAAGGAGCAGGGAAACUGGAGCAGCCUCCGCCGAAGAGAUGCACAUUAAUGUCAAAAAAUGCUAACGAAUCCACAAGGAUGGUGCUCCUGGGUGAAACUGGUGCAGGAAAGAGUGCAGCCGGUAACACCAUACUGGGACAGAAGGUGUUCAAAUCUGCAGUAACCAAUAAAUGUUUAAAGAAACACGCCAUGGUUGCAGGCAGGAUAGUGUCUGUAGUUGAUACACUUGAUUUCUUUGACACAAAGAAGAACCCUGAGCAGUUAGUUAGAGAGACGGCGAGAAGCAUUUCUUUAUCCAGACCCAGACCUCACGCUUUUCUCAUUGCAUUUCCUGCGAACAUGAGGUUUACUGAGCGUGAGGAGCAGAUUCCUCAGAUGGUCCAAAUACUGUUUGGAGAGGAUGCAUUAAAAUACUCCAUCAUUCUCUUCACUCAUGGGGAUCAGUUAGAAGGAGGGUCCAUUGAGAAACUUAUUGAGGGGAACUGUGCAUUAAGACAUCUAGUACAGCAGUGUGGAGACAGGUAUCAUGUCCUCAACAAUAAAAACAUUAAAGAUAGAAAGCAGGUCAAUCAUCUACUGCUGAUGAUUGACAGAAUGAUAGUGCAGAAUGGCAGAUACUACACUAAUGAGAUGCUUCAAGAUUCUCAACAAGGGGAAGAACAGCUGACACAAAGGAGGGAGAGAAAAAUAAGCAUACAAAGAAACUCUGGAUAUUCUUUUUUAUCAGGGGAUUGCCAUCAUUUUAACAUGUUAGUCGUUGUAGUUAGUGUAGCUAUUGGAGUUGGUCUUGGAGCUGUUUGCGGAGCUCCUGGAGGAGCUCUUGCUGAAGCUUUUAGUGGAGGUGGUGCAGGUGGUGUAGCUGGUAGUGCAGUUUUUGGUGGAGCUAUUGGUGCAGCCGUUAGUGGAGCUGGUAGUGACUCUAUUGGUCAAAUUAUUGGUGGAGCUGUUGGUGGUGGUGUUGGUUUCAAGGCUAGUGGGAAUUUCGGCCAUACUGUUGGAGAUGUUAGUGAAGCUCUUGCUGAUGCUGUAGGUGUAGCUUAUGGUGGCCAUUUUGGUGGCAAAGUUGGUGGAGCUGUUGGUGGAGUUGUUGGUGGAGCUGUUGGUGGAGCUUUCGGUUACGCUGUUGGACCUUUUAAUGGAGCUGUUGGAGCUGUUAGUGGAGCUUGUGCUGGUGCUGUAGGUGGAGCUUUUGGCGGCUAUGUUGGUGGCGAAGUUGGUGGUGAAGUUGGUGGAGCUGCUGGUUACAUAGUUAGUGAAGUUUUUGGUAGCACUGCUGGUGAUAUUGCUGGUUGCUUUGUUGGUGGAGCUGUUGGUGGCGUUGUUGGUGGAACUGUUGGUGGCAUUGUUGGUGGAAAAGUUGGUGGCAUUGUUGGUGCCAUUGCUGUUGGGCCUUUGGCUUUAGUUACUGGAGGACCUGCUGGUGGAAAUGUUGGUGGAGUUGUUGGUGGAGUUAUUGGUGGAGUUUUUAGUGGUGCUAUUGAAGGAGCUUCUAAAAGAGCUAAUAGACGAGCUAAUAGAAGUGUGUGUGUAGAUUUUGAUAGAAUCUAAAAUAAACAUUUUGUCACAGAUUCAUAUUUGAAUCCGGUUAUUUAUUCACCACUAAGAGACUUUGAGACUUCCAAAGCAAUUACUCUACAUAUAACAUUGCAGCGUUCAGGCUUCUGACGUUCAUUAAACAAGGCGAAAGAAAGUUACAAUUAGCAAACUACUCCUUGUCAUUAGUACCGGAAGAAAUUGGAUCAUUUUGAUGUGAACAGUUUUAACACUAAACACAGCUAAACACAGUAUUUGGUUAGAAAAAUUUUCAAUGUACAGAAUCAGUAGCAUAGAUUUUAAAAAUGG